AUUUAGGUUUGCCUGUACGGUAAGUCUGGAACGCGAGGCCGCAGACUUUUGAGGCUUAGCGCGGCGGCCGAUGCCAGGCACAAAUGCACGACCACCUCGCCGCCCUUCUCCGCGGCGGCGGCGGCCGCCACCCGCGGUCAGUCCACGGCGCCGCCGUCAAGCUCGGCUGUCUCGCCUCCACUUACCUCUGCAACAACCUCGUUCUCUCCUACUUAGGCCGCAGCCUCCACGCGGAAGCUCGCGGCCUGUUCGACGAAAUGCCCCACCGCAACAUCGUCUCCUGGUCAGUCCUUAUCUCCGCCGCCUCCCGCCUCGGCGCUCUCUCCGAGGCCUUCUUUCUGUUCUCCGACUUGCUUCGUAGUGGGGAGUGCGACCGCCCUAACUCGUUCGCACUGGGUGCUCUGGUCGUCGGGUGCGCCCGUGCCAAAGACACCGUCGCGGGCUCGCAAGUGCAUGCUUCAGCUAUCAAGUUCGGUGUGGCUGACGACGAGAGUGUUGCGGGGGCACUGGUGGACAUGUACGCCAAGUGCGGGCGCGUGGACUGGUCGUGGCGGGCGUUUGCACUCUCGCCACAGAGGAGCGUCGCGAGCUGGACGAGCAUAAUCAGCUGCCUUGUCAACCAUGGAUGUUCAGAGCACCGUGAUGUAGCAAUUUCCCUGUUAAAGAAGAUGCUGCUCUUGAAGGUUUGGCCAACAAACGCAACGUUUUCUUGUAUCCUGAAGGUAUUUGAUGAGCCUGCGUUGCUCCCUGGGGGGAAGCAAAUUCAUGGCUGCUUAUUGAAGAUGGGAACCGAGGUUGAUCCUGCUUUAGGAACCGCCCUUGUAGCAAUGUAUGGUAGAUGUGGUGGACUGGAUGAGAUGGCCAGAUUGUCUUGCCGGAUAAGGCACGAUGCAUUCUCCAGGACUUCACUUCUUGUUGCUUACGCGCGAAAUGGAUACAACAUGGAGGCAGUUUGGAACUUUCGUGAGAUGAUUAUGGAAAAUAUGGCAAUUGACCAGUCAGCUGUAACUAGCCUACUGCAGGUUUGUUCAUCAUUGGGACAGCUGAGAAUGGCCAAGGAGGUACAUUGCUAUGCCCUAAAGACUUUCUGUAAGCUGGACACACUACUGCUCAAUGCUACUAUCACUGUUUAUGGCAGAUGUGGUGAUGUCACCAGUGCAGAGAUUCUGUUUGAUCUUUUGGAAAACAAAGACAUUAUAUCGUGGACGGCACUACUAACUUGCUACGCACAAAAUGAUCAUGCUCAGGAGACACUCUUGUUCUUCAGGGAAAUGCUUCGGAAAGGCCUGGGAUCUCCUGUCUUUUGCAUUACCAGUGUGCUAAGAGCCUGUUCUAGCACCACAAACUAUGCUGUUGGAUGGCAAAUUCAUUCUAGGGUAGUGAAGUUAGGAAUUGAUGAUGCGGAUUCUGUUGAGAAUGCUCUUUUGACCAUGUAUGCCAGGUGCGGAAGUGUUCGUAUUGCAUUGAAGAUCUUCAAUUCAAUGAGGAGUAGAGGCAUUAUCUCGUGGAAUGCACUAAUCACAAGUUUUUCACAGCAUGGCAAUGAGGUGGCGGCCAUUCAGCUAUUUCAUCUGAUGCAAGAAGAAGCAGUGUGUCCAGAUGAUUACACUUUUGUUGGGUUGUUAUCAUCUUGCAGCCGAAUGGGCCUAGUUGCAGAGGGUUGUGAGUAUUUCAAACUGAUGAACACCAAGUACAAUGUGGAGCCCAAGAUGGAACAUUACACCUGCAUGGUUGAUCUGUUUGCCCGUGCUGGAAGAUUUUCUGAUGCACUAGAGUUUAUUGAUGCUAUGCCUUGUCAUCCAGACAAACUUGUGUGGGAAGCUUUGCUAGCUUCAUGUAGGACUCAUGGUAAUGUGGAUUUAGGAAGGCUGGCCGCAAAGAAGAUUCUUGAAAUAAGACCAGAUGAUCCUUCACCAUACAUAAUAUUAUCCAGCAUUCAUGCUUCAGUUGACAUGUGGGAGGAGAAGGCUUUGAAUCGUACUGUGUUUGAUUUGCAACGAGUAAGAAAAGACGUGGGAAGUAGUUGGGUCGGUGGAGAAGAAUAUUCAGAUAAUACAUUUGAUGUAUUGCAAGUUGAAACAACGUAAGAUGGGUGAUGUGUUGAUGCUUCGUUUUGUAUACAUCAGGUGGAGUUGAGACAUAAUGGACUCGAAGGUGUGUGAUAGACUGACUGCACACCGCACAUGUUUGAGAAAUGACCCGACGCCAUAUCUCCACUAGAAAAAUGACUUUGUACGAAGGACUAGACUACUAUCAUUUUUAUGGCAUAGGACUUUGUGGUGAUGUGCUUCUUGUCUUGAAGGUGAGUUGAUGAUAUUGGAAAACUAGAGGUGCUAUCCCACUGUCGCAAAUGCAAUGUCAGGCCUCAAUACCUUUUUGCAUUCAUCUGCAGUGUGAGACAUGCAGCAAAUAAGACGGUCUGUCAAGUGAGGUUAGCUGCAACAUCAACAAUCUGCAUGCCAGGAUAUUGUAUGUUCUUUACUCAAAGCGCUGGAGCUCCACUACUGAAUCUGUCAGUAUGUGCUCAUGUUUGCGAUAUUGUUGAGCUUGUAAUGUAAAUAUCCAAAUUACAAGAUGGGUGGAACAGGCAAAAGAGAACUGUAGAGCAACUAUUACUUGGAUGUUCUCAUGAAGUGAUCUGACUUCGGCUUACAUGUUAUCAGUACCAAUUCUUACAUUGAGAACUAAUUGGGACUAAUGUGUUCACUUUAUGUAGUGUAAUUAUUUGCAUAUCACUUCUCCAAACCGAACGUUUGAAGGCGCUAUAUUUGUCACACCAAAAAUGAAUCGAAUUAUAGUAGUGUAAUGCAUGAUUUCUAACAUUAGUUGGUGAUACAUCUGAACUGUUUUAGGAGUUCUGCAACCCUAGAAUCUGCUGCAGUGACACCCCAUGCUGUUAGUCCUCUUCGACUUCAUGAAAGGGGAGUGGAACAACCUUCACAGCUCUGAACUUGCCUGCAUUGUUUAGGUGUUCGUUCUCCAACCUGACAUAGAAGUUUUUAUAGUGUCAUUUAGUAAUGUCAGGUUUGUAAAAUUCCAUCACAGUGAAAAAUUCAAGAGUUAGGAUUCAUUGUCAAAAACUUUACCUGUAGAAGUUCCAAUGGCCUCGUCGAAUCACCUCAAGAGCUGCCAAAAAGAACAGAGUCACUCUUGAGUCCAGGCUUCCAAUGUUAGGGUGGAUGACAGUUUGAAGCCAAGCAAGCCUCAGAAGAAGGUUCAAACCCUGUAAAAUGUCAGGCUCUCGCAAGCAUCGCUGACACAUACUUCCCAAGGUUGACAAUGUGGUUUAUAUCCCCUUCGUCAAACCAUCUCCUUGCACACUGUCAGGAAGGAACCAUAAAAAUAAGACAAGGCAGCACCACCUAUAAAAGUUUGAAGAACAGAUGUUGUGAUGUGUUGCAAAAUGUCUCACAAACAGCUCCUCGACAUCGUCCAUCAGCCUGAUUGCCUAUUAAGAUGAAGUUAUCAGUCAGAACUGAGAACUGUUGGAGUUUUGAAAUGCUUCAAAUCUAAGACUUCUGUAUCAUUGCAAAAUACCUUGUCAGAGCUAUUAAAGUAGGAGCUCUCCACUAUUUUCAGGUUAUUCUUGGCCGUCAUCCAUACUGAUCUUGUGAAUCAUUCCAGUUUAGUAGAUGUCCGACAAGGAAGGCUCAAAUGCAACAGCUCAACUGGAAGAGGUCAUCUCCUGAGAUGGACACUAAGCGGAGUAUAUAAUUAAACAGACACAACUUUACUUUUAGUUGAAAAUGAAUGGUCGGGAAUCCUUUAAAACAAAUUAUUGGUAAUGGAAUUACAAAGUGCAUCCUGAAAAGAAGAUGAUAACUCUGCUUUGCAACUUUAAAAUGAUAUCCUGCUAUUUUGACAAAGCUGGGAGGCAGGAUGGUCUUCAGAGAGUGGACAGCAAAGGCAAAAUCCUUUGUGUUACUUAAGCAACAACGGCUUCUAUUUUCUCCCAGAGAAGAUUUUGCUUAUCUCUCCUGGAAUCCCGUGAUAUAUCUUUAUUUUCUUAAUUUAUCUUGCUCAUGACCAGCUGCUUUUUUUUUUCCACCUAUAAAAUGACAAAUUUGGUAAGCAGCCAAGUAUUAGUCAGAUGCAUAAUUUUUUUGCUGAUCAGUAUAUGUUCCAGCGCAAGUGCACAUCAAAUAUGAGUGUUAAAAUUCACGCGGUUCAUGUUUUACUGAUUCUUUUUUUACUUGCAGUUAGAUCGAUGUUUGGACAAAGAGCUUAAUAAAGGAUAUUUGACGAUUGUUUUUUGGACUAUUCAUCUUUACUGAGACCAAUUUUAAGUAAGUGCCCUAUAAGCCUUAGGACUAGGAUGGCUUAAUCCGGUCAGCAUCAAGAUGUCAGCAAAAGGAAAACAGUGCAAAUCUUAGGGUCCAUAUAUAGACCACAGGGAGCUCUUUUAACUUUUCGGCAGUGUGACUUUUACUUGGGGAAUAUGUGACGGGAUAUUCUCAUGCACCAGGAAGGGAUGCCCUCACAGCCAAUAGAGGCGAACCUCAAUGGUUAACAAGGCGAUUAUCAUGAAAGCCAUCCCGCAUUGACAAGUAUAUCUGAAUUGCAAUCUCUAAAGAGGUCCUGGUGCCAAUUCGCCCAGGAAGAUUUCUGCUCAAUUUAUUUCGAGGAAAAAGAACGUUGAGAAAGCGGUUGUUGGAUAUAAUGAGACCUGCUUUUCGUGACUUUUUAUGAUAGUGGAUUGUGUUACACCUUAGACAAAAA